UGCCUCCUUGCCCAUAAUUCUUUUGUCCCCAUUAUCAAUUUAUCAUGCUCUCUCCCUUCUACUUUCAAAUUCAAAGCCACUCUCCUCAGAUUUUCUUUCUCUAUAGCAAGCUUGCUUUAUUCCUCCAAAACCAAAACACUUGGAAGAUUCACAAACAAGGAAACAAGGAGGUACACAGGGAGAGAUAUGAAGAUCCAAUGUGAUGUGUGCGAGAAAAUGGAAGCUUCAGUGUUCUGUGCUGCAGACGAAGCUGCUCUCUGCCAUGGAUGUGAUUCCAGCAUCCACCACGCCAACAAGCUCGCUGUCAAACACAUGCGCUUCUCUCUUCACCACCCCACCUCUAAAGAUUCCCCUCUCUGUGAUAUCUGCCAAGAGAAGCGAGCGUAUCUAUUUUGCAAAGAAGACAGGGCAAUACUAUGCAGAGAAUGUGACCUUAGCAUCCACAGAGCCAACGAGCACACCCAGAAACACAGCAGGUUUCUUCUCACGGGCGUGAAGCUUGCUGAUUCUUCCUCUGGGGAUCCAUCUUCAUCUUCCAGCAAUGUUAUCGCUACUGAGCAUAAGAGAGUCGAUAAUGGAUGUCGUGGAGCAAGAAGAUCGUGUCGGAAUUCUAACAUGAACAGCAGACCCAGAUGGGAUUGCAAUAAUAAUAAUAAUAAUGAGAAUUUCAGUUCUUCAAAUUCAGUAGUGAAUUCUGAUACUAUGAUUAGCGACACAGAAGCGGUUUCGACGAGCAGCUUUUCAGAAUACUUGAUUGAGACGAUUCCUGGGUAUUGCUUUGAAGACCUCAUUGAUUCUUCGUUUCCACCUCUCUGUAAGAAUCAGGAUAAGCAUGAUCCAACGUUUGGUGAUGAAGAAGAAGAAGAAGAAGAAGAAGAUCUACAAUUUGGAAUGUGUUUAUAUCCAAAAGCAAAAGCUGCAGAAGAAAUCUUGAAAUGGAAGCAAAAUGGCUUUCGAUAAUCUGUUAAACUGUUUUGCUCGAUUUCUUCUAAGUUCUAUUACGAUGUCCUCUGUCCAAGUGUUUGAUUUGUUAAUACGUAGUUUUGUUCUUUUCUUCGUUUUCUUUCUUCCGUAAUCUUUUCAUUUAUGUUAGUUUUCUUUUCCCUCUUCUCGUGAUAUUUUUAUCUUUCUUUUUUUUUUUGAUAAGAGAUAUUUUUAUCCUUCUUCGGCUGAGUGAAUUAUACAAGUGGACAUA